AUGGCAGGUGCACCAGGCGCGAAUGGGGACGCAGCCAACGGCAUGUCGAUUCUGCCCAAGAUUCACGAAGCCCUCCAACUUAUACACGACCCGCGAGCUUCGAACCAGGCCCGUCAAGAAGCCCAGCAAUUCCUCGAGCAAGUCAAAUCCAUCGACGAAGCUCCUUCACACGGCUACACACUCGCUUCCGACAAGAACCAAAGUCCCUUCGUACGCCACUACGCACUCUCCUUGCUCGAACACGCCAUCAAACACAAGUGGAACAAAUACCCCCAAGAGCUCCAGGCCGCCCUCCGACAGUGGGUUUUGGAGCUUGCACGAGACGUGUCACGAGACGACCCGGUGUAUCUGCGGAACAAGAUAGCCCAGCUAUGGGUCGAAGUCGCCAAGCGGUGUUGGGCUGGGUCAUGGAUGGACAUGGACGCUCUGCUGGUACAACUGUGGCAGGUUCCCGAUUCCGCCGUACACAAGGAGUUGGUUUUACUUAUACUCGAGACGCUGUCUGACGAGAUCUUCAACUCGGACGACCCUGCCGUCGCCGUGCGAGAAGGCCUUCUCAGCAGGGCUUCCGUGGAGAUUUUUACACCGGCCGCUGUCCUCCUCGAAACCUUCCCCAACCGAGAGGCAGGACCUGAAGUCCGAUAUGGCGACGAAGGCUGGCUGGGCAGGAUCACACAAUUCCUGACCCAAUGCCUGUCCGGCGAUGUACAAAAUAAUGAGGAGCUACGGAGCUGUGCCGUCCGAGCCUUUGCUGUGCUUUUCUCACUGAUGCCUUGGGUCAUUCCGAAUGCUGCGACGGCUACUGGGUGCGUGCCCGCCAUGUGUCAAGGUCUGCGAGCCUCACACAUUUCUGUGCAAAAGGGUGCUUUGGAGGCUAUGCAUGCUCUGUACUCACGCAACAGUCUUGUGGAUCAAGAGUUUCUCGACUUGGUCGUACCACUGUACAACAGCCAGUCAGUGGAAGUGUUUGGACAGUUAAUUCAGUGGUCAACAGUAGAUGCUGAAGAUAUCGACGACGAUAAGUACCAAUUCGGCAAAAAGCUGUCAGAGGUUCUUUCCUUCCUCGGAAAUUACCUGGACCGCCGGUUUGCAGUCCUGCCCAAGGAUCCUGAACGUGUGGAUUUCCAGGGUUUUCUCCAGCUGCUGCUUAUGGUGGUACAAAGCCAGAGCUUAAUAGUGUCAAUCCCUGUGCUUGUUACUUGGACGCGGCUGCUGGGUCACCGAUCACUGGGCCAAAGCAUUGCUGAAUUGCCUUCCUUUAUCGGCCCCUUGCUAGAACUUUGUGCCUCGAGAUUGGUGCGCUACGAAAGUCUUCCGGAAGAUACACAGGAUGCUACGUAUCUGUUCCUGCUGGAAGACACGGACACGGUCCCCGAGCGGCAUGCGUUCCUUGGCAACUACCGACGAUAUGCUUCCACUGUGAUUGAGCACAUAGUCCAACUCAAGCUCGCCGAUGCUGUCCAGCAUGUCCUGAGCCAAACGGAAAACGUUCUGCAGCAUCUCUAUGAUGGCCAGCCAGGGUUCAACCCUUCGACCUAUGAGAAGAACUCCUCUGCCGUGCUGCGAGUCGAUGCACAGGCCACAGUCAUUGAAGCCGCACUCAGAGGCUGCAUGAAAUGGAGAGGCAGGUCUGAUAUUCAAGCCCAAGACAUAGGCGCUCUAGAAGAUAUGUUGGAGGGCUGGGCUACCCGCUUGCUCUCCAUGUCUUUCGAAGACCCCCUCAUACGAAAACGCGUCCUUCAACUCUUAGUAGUGUUCUCCACAACAGCACUUGAUCGAAAACCUCGAUUCAUGCUCAAGGUGCUUGAGCAUAUUCUCCUAACCUGGCCAGCGCAUCAGCCCGACUAUCGGCAAUACAAUGAUGCUAUUAAGGAUUUGCAGACAGAAAGUAUGCUCGAAUUGCAAAGGCUUGCGGCAAAAAUGCCCGACCAUCUUCUGGACGUGUACGACCAGAUUUCUGCAAGGGUCAAUGAGAUGAUUGCAUCAGGAACCAUGGACGAGAAACGUCAAAUUACAUAUCAGACGUUUCUCUUCACAAUCAUCCAUCGGUGCAGUCGUCUCGACAAGGAGACAAAGGUCCAGAAGCUCCAAGAAUUCAUAGAGCCUGUCAAAGCACAAUGGCGCAACGAGGAGCUCAAGCAAGCGUUGGCGUCCUACAGCGGAUUCUGCCAGAUGAUGGGACUGGACAAAGCUCAGGACUACCUUGCACGAAAGCGAGUACAUGAGGUCAAAGACUGGGGCUCCAUGCCUCUAGACGACGAGGGCAAAGCUCUGCAAGCUGAGAUGGAGGAGAGACAGGCGGCGCUGCCCCUGCGGCCGACCAAAUCAAUGCUUACCGCCUCAAUCGAAAAAAUCGAUAAGGAGACUGUCGCCUACAAAACCGCUUGCUUGCUAUGGCAAGAUGGGUUCCCUGUCAUCCUUCCAGAGCUAUUGAACUUCCUUAGUCACGCUCACGCUUCCGCUUCCCCUGACAGCUGGGCUGGUCUGCCACAAGAAAUGAAGUCCAUAGUAGGCCGCGUUUUGACAGACCGUUUCUGGCAAGCAGGCAUCUCAGAAGGCUCUAAGGAUGAAUUUUACGCUCGCGUGCUGGACAAAAAACACACAAUGGAGGGCCUCGGUUCUACCAUUAGAGGUACCAUCAGGUUUGUCCGAGAAUCUGUCUACGCGAUACUGUACUGCAUGAGUCGUUUGGACGUGCAGUUCUACGGUUUCAAAGAACUACCAGGACCUCUAGCCAACGCGCUCAUGGCAAAUUCUUAUUCCCUCUCACCGCAUCAACAGAUCAACCUACUCAACCUCGUCCGAUACCUGGUCGACAACUGUCCAACAGACCUCCGUGACCACUUCCUACCACCGUUGAUGGCAGCAUGUUUUCAGCAAAUGGAUGCCAAGAUUACUUCUGAGUGGGAGACACUGGAGAACCAGAGGGGCGUGCAAGCUGGUGAAGCCGCACUGGCUGAGGAGAUGAAGUCAGAAAGCAUAUUGAGACAGCUGACAUACACUGCGGUGAUGAUGGUGGCCGAUUUCCUGGAUCCUGCCAGGAUGAACCUGCCCUUAUCAAAGGCUGCUGGCAACACGACAAGAUACGCAACGCUUCGCAAGUUCUGUUUGAUGCGAUCUGAGAUCGUAGAACCUCUACUCAUGUUCUGCACGCAUGUCAUCCGAGUGCGGGACACGCGUUGUUGCAGCAUCAUGUUACGAGUAUUCCGAUCCAUUGUUCCUGACUUCCGCACAGUGGAGGGCAUGGAAGUUAGUUCUGACAAUGACAAAGACAGCAACAUUGACAAUGCACCAAUACCUGCAAACACUGCAUCGAUGAUACGCGAGUACAUCUCCAGCGACGUCCUGAGGUCUUGCGUCCAGUCCAUCAACGAGCCCUACUAUGUGGAACUACAGAAAGAGAUUGCCACGUUCAUCGGGGCUAUUAUCUCGUACUACAGCCCACUUACCCAAACUCCAAGACAAGUACUCCUUUCGAUCCCCAAUUUGAGACAGGAAGAUGUGGACGAAACUGUUGACAAGAUCAGAGAAACACCAAACUCCAAGGUGCAACGUAACUACGUGCUGCAGUUGUUUAGUGAGCUCAAAGGUGUCAGUAUAUCUGAGAUGGGAAAGUUGGGUACGGGAGUUGGUUCUUUGUCAUCGACGCGGAAGUCGCAUGCCAAGAAGGCGUCGCGAAGUCAGAUGGCCCAAGGAUUCAUGACUCCGGCUGCUCCGCAAGGCACCAACGGAGACUACUCUGGAGCCAUCAAGGCAGAAGAGGGUCUAGAUGGAGUGGCCGGGCUGUUCAAUCAAUAG